AUGGAUCAACUACAGCCAAGCAUGCAUGCCACCUCGGACAUGCGCUCCUUCUCCGCCGGCUCCUACGGCUCCUCUAAUGGCUCCGCAUCCUCGACCGUCUCGGCCCAAGACUCGGGCGCGCAUACCCCCUCAACCAGCCCAUCCCUCUCGGACCGUGAUGCUUCUUCUACAGAUACUGCCGCUUGGACCAAGCUGCCUAAUCACCAUCCAUCGUCGAAUUCUGCUUCCCGAUCUGGCUCGUCGGCAGCUCUUUCGCCGCUCGAGCUGCUCGUGAAAAGAGGCAUGCAAGUACAAAACGAUAUUCUCGCCCCUGACGACAGGUCUGCGACCAACACUUCCAGCAGCCAUAUCCUCGAACGCGCAUCUGCCCUCUCGCGUAAGACUUCAGUACGCAAGCCACCCAUACAGCCUUCACCUGACCCGGACGACUUCGACGACACACAAAGCAUUCGCAGCGUCAACCUUCUAUCCGAGCCCGGCUCGAGCUUUUCCCGCAGCCAACUUCGAUCGUCACCCUCGUCAUCUGCCUCAUCACCGCCAAGUACCAGCUCUUCCUUCUCCGUGCAGCGCGGCUACAAGGCGUCCUAUGACGAUUCCAACGAUUCAUACACGCCAACACAACCCGACGCCCCUUGGCAAAGGUCAUCCUCCCAUCUGCUCAGCAAUGCUUUCCGAAAUUCGGUUGCCUCAGAUAUUUCUUUCAACUCCAUCACUGCAGAUGCACUUGACUCUUCAUUAUCACGAAGAGCGUCGAUCGAUACCGUACGCAGCUCAGAAUUUGGCGAAGACGGGAGAUGGGGCCGAGCGUGGACCUCGCGAGCCGAUGAUGAGGAAAGCGCCUACGAAGAGAGUUCAUAUGGCGACGAUUUGGACUCGCACCUAGACGAUGAGCUCAGUGGCGUCAUUCAUGGCAGCAUUGAUCUCGAUCCCAGCAAAGGGCCACUCUUGUCCAGCCGUGGACUCGACUCCGUCACCCAACAGUGGAAACGCAGUCACGCUUCUCACAGUACGUCUAGGGGCUCGAGCACUAAUGCAUCGUCUGUUUCCUCAAGACCAGCCAUUCGUCAGGUGGAGAGCAAGGAGAAGAUCGUCAGUCUCACCAGAUCAGUCCCGCCUCAUACAGCUUCAUCAAAGCUACAACAACCCACCCACAUUCAUGCCGAUCCCAGGCACAGCUUUGUGCCACAGAUCGAGACGCAAGAGCAUGACGCUCGCCCACACUCAACGCAGCUGUACGACCUCACGCCGACGGCGUCUGCAGAUCGCUACCUUGGUCGUCCUUCCGCCUCCUCCGUGGCUACUAUAGCUGGCAACAGCUUAAUGGCAAAUACGGAUAGCCCGCCGACUGCGCGCGUCUAUGUCUACCCACCAAGCCCCUCUGGUUCGGAAGUCUCGAGUUCAACUGGUGGUGCAGCAGCAUCAUCAUCAUCAUCAAACUACCCCUCACAGCAACACUAUGUCUCGAUGCCUACUCCUGCCUCUGCACAGGUCGAGACCAUGGCUGCUUCGCCACAACAGAACCUCGCGUCAGAAGUUACGCGCACUCCGCUGGCUCCUUCGAGCCUCUUGUCUCAACCUCUCCGCGCUUCAGCACGCCAGAAAGUGCCACACCGACCUCGGUCUUCGGGACAUCCCGCAGGACGGGUUCCGCCUCCCCCACCACCGGCAGCAUCGGGUAGCGAGCAAAGCAAUAUACAUGGAUAUUCCGAUCCGAAUCAUUACUUUCAAGGCGUCGACCGACCCAUCAUCGGUCGCAAGCGUGCCGAGGCCAUAGCGCGAGCCGACGGCAGAGAAAGCAUGGUUUCUGAUCUCGACGUCGAGACACUGCGUCUUGAUGGCAGCAGUCGACGCGAUAGCAGCAGUACCAUUGGCAGCGUCAUGACCUCGCGCCUUUCGAUUGGAAGCAUCAGCCAUGACCCUGUCAUGCUCCAGUCUUCGGCAGCAUGGCGCCCUCAUUCGUCUACUGGUCCCUCGGGCGACAACGCGCAACCAUCUGUGCAGCCAAAAGCUUCGCAGAAUUCUUUCCGAUCAUUACAGCCGGUGCAAGACACAGCCUCCAUGCCAACAGCAUCUGGCGAUUCCAUGGAUCCGAUGGCGCGACCGCAGCUGCGCAAUGCCAAGUCCACCAACGCGUUACCUUCGAGCAGCUUGACAGGCUCGGUCGAUAUGCAAGCUACUGCAUCAGCGCCGCAGUCUAAUCCAGGAUUCACAGGGCUUGCUACUUGCAACGCAACGCCCGUAGCGAAACCGCGACCAUCGCCCGCCGUCGACACGCGCACAGGUCCCAGCUCUGCCGAGGACUUCCUCUCCCAAGGCAUCACCUAUCACGAACAGGGCGACCUUGCACGGUCUGCUUUCUAUUUUGAACGAUCUGCCAAAGUCGAUGGCGGGUGCGUUGUGGGAAUGUGUAUGUUUGGCAUGACACUUCGCGAAGGCUGGGGAGCGCGUAAGGAUCCCAUCAAGGGUUUCACCUGGAUCCAGCGUGCAGCAGCUCGUGCGGGCGAGAUGAUGUCCACACGCACACCCAAGACCGACUCGGAACUCAAAGCCAUCAAGAGCGAACUCAAGCUCAGCGUGUACGAGCUCGGCAAGUGCUUUUGCUACGGCUGGGGUGUCAAAAUGGACAAGCACAUGGCGUUGGAGUACUUUGAAUUGGCCGCCAAACUUGGUGAUGCCGAUGCUCAGGCCGAAGCGGGUGCGCUGUAUGCCGCAGGCAAAGGAUGUAAGAAGGAUUGA